AUCUUACAGUAAAAGGGGCAUGAUGAAAGGUGUCUGCACUUCUGUUUGGAGUCCUAUGAAUGAAGAAGCAGAGUGCUCCAUUGCUGUCCCUUCAGGGUCACCCCUCCCAUCUCCCAUGCUGAGUGCCCAGGCUGCAGCUGCCUGGUCUGCAUAGUGUGUCAGAGAUAAGGAUUGGAAGCGUCUUGUUUGGCCGAUUGCGUGGCUGGUACUCUUACGGACGGGACCAGGGUGGAGGGCAGGGUCAGCCAGAGCACGCCAGGGCGCCUGCCCGCCUGCAGGCGACAAGGCAGAGCAGGCAGACUAGACUAGACUAAACCUAGUCUUCGGAAGGUGUUUUGGCCUUGCGUGCAGAUAUGCGAGGGAAUAUCAGGAAUCCCGGUCGGUGGGCGUUACAUGGCUCCUUGGUCGUUGCUGAGCUGGGUUCGGCUUGCGUGGCGUCGAGCUGGUCACGCUUCACGCUCUAGGUCCUUCCCUCCUCCACCCCGCGCAGGUGCUGCAUCGUGGUUGAGCCACUGCGCGCGCACGUACACACUACACGCACUACACGCGCGGACAGUGAAGUAUAUGAGAAUACUCUGCCUUCCCCAAGGGCUGCUGUUUCGCACCCAGAAACACUCAGUUGCACCCAAAUUUCAUAGCUUUGUUAUAACACGCGAGGAUGGGUCACGUACCUAUGGUGCUAGCUAUGUAUUCUUUGAAGAAGUUCGUAACAAAAAGAUAUGCACUGCUAUGCAAACUCUGCAGGCUAUGCAUCUUACAGAAUUGUCUGAAGGUGUUGGCCGCACAAAAGGAGUUGCUGAACAAAAUGCUAGUUCUAGAUCAUUACCAAGGCAUUUCAAACUGUCAGGACAUCACCCGAAAGAUGCUCAAAGCUAUUAUGAUGCAACCAAAGAUACCUUAUUUGUUACCAAAAGCAUAGCACUCCUUGGCCAAUUACCAUAUGUUAAAGCUUCUCAACUUUUUCUCUCAACUCUUCACAGAUACGUUAUGAUGGGUGGUGCCAUCUCUGGAGGCCUCAGUACUGAAAGCUAUGUUUAUAAUCUCCUCUAUGAAAUAAUGGUACCCUUACCAGGAAGAUCCUCCAGGAUUUCAUGUUUCCCCCCGACUCUUCCAUCUCUUGGUUCAGACCCAGCUUUAAUCAUUCAACGCCCAUCUUCUAUUGAAGAAUUACCACUUUUUGAUUUUCCUCUUCGUCAGGUAUUUUCUUUACUUGGGGCAAACACUAUAGUUCAGCUCUUUACUUGUGUGUUACUAGAAAAUCAAGUCAUGCUCAGUUCAUCAGAUUAUCAGCGGUUAACACAAGUGGCAGAGGCUCUUGUGUGUCUACUAUUUCCAUUCACAUGGCAGCAUGUUUAUGUUCCUAUAUUACCUGCAUCCCUCCAGCAUUUCUUAGAUGCACCUGUUCCCUUUGUGAUGGGUCUCCAUAGCUGUGAACCAAGAUUAAAAAUGGCAAGCGAGGCAAAUCUGUGUUAUUUAGAUAUUGAUAGAUGUACACUUCAGUUACCUGAGGAGCUACCCAGCUUCCCACAAAGAAAUGAGUUCAUUGCUGAAAUAAAUGAAGUACUCAGGAGAUAUGAUGUAAAUGCUCCAGCAAAUGGGCCUGUUGACAGAAAUCUUAAUGAAUGCAACGAAAAGCCUUCAUGUGUAGGGCAAGGUGGCCGUGGUGUUACUGCAAGAGCUCCUGCAGUCCAAUCUGACAUUAUGUCCACUAGCUGCACAUUACCUUCCGGACCGCAUCGGCUUCGACGUAAACAUUCUUGGGCUCAGCCGGAAAAAGAUGGUGAUUUCCUCCCCUCUCGACCUCAAAGCCCUGAUGAUGGCUCAGAUGCUUUGGCAAGACUUGUUGCUAUUGCCAAGAGAACUGGUGUGCACUUGGAUGGAAUUGAUAGCAAUUUAAACUGUGAUGAGGUUUCUGAUGACAGUCACAAUGAGAAUAUAGCAAAGAUUCGCACAGAACCUAAAACUGAACAGGAAAUUUAUGCAGAUGAUUUGCGCUUCAAUAACACCAUCAGGGAAGUUUUCUUAAAUAGAUUUGUCCAUAUCUUUGUGGCAUAUGAAAAGUUUGUCAUUUUUCCGAGUCAGGUCAAGGAAGAAGAAUGGAUGAGUAACCGUGAAUCAAUGCAAAAUUUUGAUAAAGCCUCAUUCCUUUCUGAUCAACCCGAACAGCACCUUCCAUUCUUGUCACGUUUUAUUGAAAGUCAAAUGUUUGCAACAUUAGUGGAUAACAAAAUUCUUAGUAUGUGGGGUAAAAUGGAAGGCAACUUGCGUGUUUUUGAAAGACGUAUCCAUGUGAUAAGGAACCGCUUAGGAGUUGGUGGAAGUUUAUCCAGGGCGGUGGGAUAUGAAACAGCACCAAUAGUUUGUGAUUCUACUCUGCUACUGGAGAAAAGAUUAUCUUCAGUGGAUAUUAUUGCUGCAAAACCUCAAGAAAUUCUUCCCCAAACUGGUGGAGCACAACAAUCAAGACCAUCUCGUGCUCACAAUCGGGUGCGCAGCUUUGCAUUAUUAGAUUCCAGUGUCCUGAAUCCUCAAGUUACCUACCGGUCUAAAAAGCGUAGUAGUGUGCAACUGAGACCACAUCGCAAAGAACGGGAAAGACACAAUUCAACCAGUGGGAGUAAUAGUAGUCAGUCUACUUCAAAUGUCACAGAAAAUCUUAAUGACUCUCCAAACAGAACUCAAACUAUUGGCCCAUUUGAUAUGAAACAUAGUUCUAGUCAAAACAGUCUGAACUGUGAAUCAGUCUGCAACUCUGCAUCAGUCAGUGCACAAACAUCACCAACAUCAUCACCUGCUGGAGAUUCCCCUCUGCAAAGUGACAAUCAAACAAAGCCCCCUGUUUCUUCAGUUACAAGCUCUGGUGAUAUUGAUGGAAACUUAUCUAAAGUAGCCAACCGCCAAUCAAAAAUAUUUACAAGUGAUCCAAGUCCUGCUGUUAUAGCCCAGACCAAUUGGACUUUUGUUGAGACUAUGUUAAGCGAAAUACGCAGCCGUACAAAGCGAAUGUUAUUAGAGAAAAUGGGAACUGAAGCUGUUGAACUGGGUCAUGGAGGGGAAGGUUCAAUUGUUGGAGUUGAAGAAAAUACUUUGAUUGCUGGACUAUGCGAUUUGUUGGAACGAGUUUGGUCUCAUGGGCUUCACAACAAACAAGGAAAAUCAGCUGUGUGGUCACAUCUUUUAAGUUAUCAAGAAAAAGUGGACAUAGUGAAGCCAACAGAUCCAUCGUUUUUGACUCCAGUGGAUAUUUCAUCAAAAUCAGCAAGCACUGCUUCCCCUAUACGAGGUCUAUCCAGAAAGUUAUUUUUCUCUGGUAAUUCUCCAAGCAUAUUUGACGUAGCCUCUUUUUUAAGUAAAGGUCGAGAUCUACAUUCUAUGGCACUAGAGCCAGACUCGUCACCUAACGGCCGUGGACGAUCUGAACGAUGUCGAUCGCUAGAUCGUAAGCAAUCUCCAGCAGAGCGUAAAAGCCUUGGUUUGGAGACUCAACCAACGUCAUUAUUAAAACCACUGCCCGUUUCAGUAACCUUUGACAUGAGGAAUGUCCAAUCAAUGACUGAUAUUAAAACUCACAUUGGGUAUGCAAGAGCGUGGGUACGAUUGUCUCUUGAGAAAAAACUUCUUUCAAAACAUCUAAGAACUCUUCUCUCUGAUACAUCUUUGCUCAAAACCCACUAUAAACGCUAUGCAUUCCUUCGCUGUGAAGAGGAAAGGGAGCAAUUUCUGUAUCACCUUCUGUCUCUCAAUGCUGUGGACUAUUUAUGCUUUACCAAUACAUACACUACCACCAAAAUGCCAUACAGAGUAGUAAUAUUUCCAUCUAGAAAAUAUAGUGCUGCUACAACUUCGGCCAAUUCUUGGGUGCAAGUUGCGGGUUCAAUUGGAGAGUCAAACCAGGUUCCAGUCCCUCGUGGUCAUCCAGAAUUUGUAUUUCAGCACAAAAAUCUGGGCGUUCUUACCACGCUUCGAAUAGGCCAUGACAAUUCAGGGCUCUCUCCAAAGUGGAUGGUGGAGUAUGUACUUGUUCGAAAUGAAAUGACAGGUCAUACCUAUAAGUUUCCAUGCGGGCGAUGGCUUGGACGUGGGAUUGAUGAUGGAUCAACAGAGAGACUUUUAAUUGGAGAACUCAUUCCCAAUUCUGAUACAAGAAGUGAACUGGCUGAGACAUGUAGCACACCACCUCGAUGUCGCAGCCCAUCUCUCCCUCGUGACAACAGGAAAGAUAUCAAGCCUUCAGUUCCAGAAAUUCAACACAUGCUAGGUGACUGUGUAAACAACAUUGUGAAACUUCACUACCGUCGCCGAAGCCAGCCACAGGCAAGAGACAACAGUUCAUUAACAAUACUACUCUGUGGUGAAAUGGGUCUUGUAUCUUGUCUUGAACAAGCCUUUCUUGUGGGUUUCAAAUCUGCUCGAUUGUUUGGUAAAAACUUAUAUCUUUGGGAUUAUUUUGUUCGUGUUAGAGAACAAUUCUCUGAAGAGCAGCCAAUACCUGUACCAAAGGGAAGAGUACAGCAGCAGAGGGAACGAUUAGAGCGCAUGGAACGUGCUGAAAGAGCUGAGCGGUGGGACAGAGGCCGCGGUGCUGUACAGGAGCGUCGACCUCUUGUUGACCAAAAUAGCGCGCAAAGAGAAACUUUAGCAGGAGAGACACGACUGGCUUAUAGUGAACUCAUUAAUAACGUGGAUCAAUGUAGUCAUACAUUAGGCAAGGAUGGCAAAUUUCAACUCUUCAUCUGUCUUGCUGCCAGAGACCACAUACUGUCUCGAAUGAUACCAGAGCUCUCUGCAGCAAAAGUAACCCUGGAAAUGUACGAGGAAAAUUCCUUCCUCCGUGACCAAAACCUUUUGACUACCCUGCAUCAGUUACUGGCCUCCUUAGAUGAAUUUGACAUAGUGCUAGAGAAUUCAAUCACAAAGGGAGUUGGAAGGUAAAUUCCUUUUUACACGAAUCUCAUUACUGUGUGUAUUUUGUUGGAAAGUUUAUCGUAAAAUUUGGUAUUAGUUGUAUUCAUUUUGAGGAGAACUUUCCUGUGCAUCUCUUUUGUUUUCUGAGUUUGUGUGUCAAGGAAUGCAAUCCUUUUUCUUGAGGUUUCAGGUUGAGAUUGCAAACGUAACUACUGUAUAUGCUGUAACUCCAGAUCUCGUUUCAAACCUCUAACAUUUUUAAAUAUUGUAUUUUGAUACUCAGACCUAGCAAACAUUGAUGUUGGCUCAAUCUUUCUGUCAGCUUCCAAGCAUUUUUAUCACUUAAGUUAUGAUGUUAAUGCAAAGAGGAGGAAAAGGCAUUACCUAAUUACAGUUAUUGAUGGACUAUAGACAUUUUGAACUUUUAUCUAUUAUUUUCAUGAUGGAACAGUAGGCUUAAGAUUUUGUAACAUCACCACUUAAAGUCAUGGGAAGCAUUUCUUGUGAGUAGUGGUUAUUUGAAAUGUUUAUAGUUUCACUGGACUUUGUAAAAGACAAUUAAAAUGACAGAAAAGUAGUCGUUCAUAAUUAAUAUUUGACAACUAAACAAAUGUUUUGUAACUUUCUUGAUUUUACGAUUAGGUUGGGCUCUUGGUUUCACCUUUAAGAACUUAAGUUUUGUUCUGCUGUUACAUUUUUCAACCUGACUCCUGUUUAUGCAUUAAAUUGGGUGUUCCCUGCUAUGAAAUGUUGUUUUAAUUUUUAUUUUUCCAGUGGUUUAUUUUUUUGUUGAUGUUUUGGUUUUGUUUUAGUGCCAUAUAUUGUUACCACUUUGUUUCCUGAUAGUCAAAAGGAAAUAUCACUAACUCUAGGCAGCUAGACCAGUUCAAAUGUGUUCAGUGUUUUGUGAGCUGUGUGCUUUUACUUUUUGUCUGAUCAUGUUGUAAUGAGGUAUGAGUAAAGCAAUAUUAUUAUGUACGUGACACGGUGAAUAACAUGGCUGUGGGGAAAAUGAACAUUUUCCGGCAAAAAUCCAGAUUCACCCAAGGUCACUGGCAAAAGUUUUUUUCUAAUUUUCAAAGUUGUUUUAAUCGAACAUUUGCCAAGGUUGAUUGUUGCGAAAUUAGGAUUCGCCAAUCUUGUCUAGCGAAUAUCCUAACUUUUAGUUCUGUUUUGCCAAAUGCAGAGUAUGCAGUUCCUAAAACAGAAAGGGCCUUUUCUUCUAAACCUAAGGUUUUUUGCUGAUGUAAUUUUGUUUUUGUCAAGCAUUUUUGUUCCUCAAACUUUGUAUUGUACAAAUGUGGUUUGUGUUUAUUUAAGCCUCAUGUUAGUCUUUAUACUCAAAUAGGAAUACUCAUUUUGUAAGGUCUCACAACUGCUUUACCUACCUUUAUUUUCCUCAUGUUUGACUGCAGUGAGAUCUGCCACUCAAACUGAUACAGUCUGUAGUCAAUAUAUUUUGCAGAGUUUCCUAGCCUGUGAUUUAAUACCUGUGUUUAAUUGUGGUAUUUGCUCUUCUGAGAAAUAUACAAUUUCAUGAGCUACUCUUCUUUCUUUGAUUUUGUUCAUUGCAAAAUGUAUUUAGAGCAUGCAUACUAUCAGUUUUACUCGGAUCUACCUUCUUGUAUGAAAUGAGCUAGCUAGAACUUGGUUUGUUUUGUAUAAAAAAGCUUAUCAACCUUAUGAAAGUCUUUGAAUACAAUUCGAUGUGAUAUGUGUAUUACUGAUAUCUUCACUUUUAUUUCUGGUGCAGUUUAGUAUGUUGUUUUGAUACUUGUUUUGAUGCUUUUUUGUCAAUCUAUAUAUGAAUACCUUCUUUAAAAAUAUGUAUCAGGCAUCAAAAAGAUUUAAUUGAAUUGUCGUUGUCUGUGCCUACUUAUUUUGAAGGGUUCGUUUUCUGUGAGGGGGGUCUUUGAAAUAUGAAGUUGAAACCUACAAAGAUACAAAUCAAAAACUAAUCUUUAUUAGUUUGAUCUGUUAUGGAUAAAUCGUCGAAACUCUUGUUGACAAUAUGAAUGAAUGGCCCUUUCUCUUGUAUGAGGUAAUUUUUUGGCUGUUAAUUUUACUGUACUAUUUUUACUGAGAAGCUCAUCAACAUUUCCAUGUAUGUAGUAAGAAUCUAAAUGUAGCUAGUUUAUUGAAUUUCAAAUGGCAACUCUUCCAUUCCAUUGCAUCUUACAAAAAAAAGAGGAAGCCAGAGUAUUCUCAUUUCUUCAGAUUUUAUUUUGUCAAUUUGACAUUUCUUGACAUGACUAAGACGUUUAAAUGACAAACCAUGUUGGAACUAGCUUGAUGUAGUGUUUUAAAAAAUCGUCAAAUUUGCUUUUAAGCGUAUUUUAUUGAUUGAUUUUUUUUUUUGUAAAGUAUAAUUUGUUUAACAUUUAUGAUGUUUUCUUUUUGUUAAAAUUGCCAUGUCCUGGGCUAAGCAAAUCAUAUAUUACCAAAGAUUAUGUUGAGGCCUCAUGUUUAAACUGUGAUACUUUCUGGGUGGGCCUUUUCCAUGUCAGAUGUCUUCUACAAAAAUCAGAAAUCUGUAGUCCUCAUUUCUGUACUAGAUUGAUGAUUUCAGACAGAAGAAUGUAUGUUGCAUUAAAACCCACAGUGCAAAUCUUUUUUUACUUUUUUCUCAAUUUGUUGAGAUGUAUUCAUAUUGGUUUCAGUGUUUAAAGUAAAAAUGAAUUUUAUGAAAUGUCACAGCAAGGUGUCAUGUAGAUUGCAUUUAUAUGUUCUUCUCUCCAACACCUAUUGCAAAUAAAAUAUUCCUUUUGGUGAA